UGGUUCUUUGUAUUUUUCAGACCCCGUCAUGCAAGCGAGCCCGCCGCCGUGGAGCCCGUGGUGGCGCUCCCAGGCCCAGCUGCCGCGCGACUACUGGCACAAGCCCAGGCUCGGCAUCUACACGUUGUCGAGGGACCUGCCGCUCAGACACGUCAUGAGGCUGGAAGGUGUGGGCCCCAUCAUCCCGACACCGGCGACGUCCAACUGGAUGCUGCGGUACCGGCCGCUCGACUCCGAGCCGUGGAGGCUCCCUAUACCGAUACCCUCAGACUUGGAACAAUUCCGAGUGGAGACGGUGACGGGGCGGGCGCCGCGCACGCACAGCCCCAGCUCGGAGUGGUGGGGGGGCGGCGGGGCGGCGGGCGCGGGGGGCGGCGGGGGCGCGGCGCUGGGCUGGGCGGCCGGCGUCGUGCUGCUCGCGUUGCUGGUGCUGCUGGUGCGAGCCAUGGAGAAGUGUCUCGAUAAACGGCUCUUUAAGACUGUCGAAACUAGACGGACUUACGUGCAAACAGACAGACAAGAGUCGGACGAGUGGCCGGCGCCGACCGUGCGCGCCACCAACAAUCAAGAAUGUCGCCCCGCAGACGUAGCGGCCGCGGGACCCAACGGAGAAGCAUACAUUGGAGCCGGCGCGACCAGCGACCUCCCCCCUCCUUACUCGGAGUGCGCCAACUCGACCACGACUGUUGGACCCAAGCCCGGCGAGGACCCUCCCCCUCCAUACUCCACCUGCUACUUCAGUAAUAACCCGAAGGACGAACCAUCAGUCCACUUCAUCAAUAUACAAAACAGAUCUGACACAAACCGGUCUGAUGUCCAAAGCGGCCCCGCUACGGACAUCAACACUGCAGCGGAAACAGUUCGCGUUGAGAUUGAGAAUGAAAUACCGCGGGAUAGAACAAUAGUGGUAUAAUAUGUUUCGGUAAUAGCUAGUAUCCGUACUAGAUAUUAAACAUACCUGAUAUGGUCGUAUCGAGAUCAUGAAUUAGUUGAUUUUAUUCAACUAGUAUUGAACAGGGAUGAUCUCUACGUAGUAAACUAUUCGUUUUUAACGUUAGUUAAAGCGUUACGGUCUUAAAAAUAUUAACUCGAAGAGCGUUUCAACUGUUCUUGUUGAGCUUGUAACUAUACAGCCGUUGUAACUAUACUGAGACCUUAGAACUUAUAUCUCAAGGUGGGUGGCGCAUUUACGUUGUAGAUGUCUAUGGGCUCCAGUAACCACUUAACACCAGGCGGGCUGUGAGCUCGUCCACACAUCUGAGCAAUAAAAAAAAAGCUUGUAAUGUGGGGUUCGUAUUCGAGUGUGGUAAUACACAGACGGAUAGAUGUCGCUACAUUGUGGAUUAGUCGUGUUGUUUCAGCACGCAUUCGUCACAACUCGCUCUUAAACAACUGAGUACAAUCAACUAUCAGGAAAUGAGAGAUUAAAUCUUAUUAUUUUGACGACAUGUUCUGUUUAUAUCUCGAAUUCGGCAAUAAUUAUAUUCUUAAUGAAGCUAAGAGUACAAUAUUAAGAUUGAUGGAAAACUUUGAACUUGAGACGUGAAAAUGAUGGGAAUCACUGGUCAUUCAAGUUACUCAUCUUCGAUAUUAUUUCUAAGUUUAAUAUAAGUUAUAGCAUGUGAUAGUUAUUAACAAAAUCUUUUAAUAUUAGUGUUCACUAAGCCAAAGAAUUUAGUUGUUAUAGUCGGUAGUUUAAAAUUUACAUUCCUUAGAAUUAUUAUUUCAGUCUUUGUCUCAGUACGAUGGGUCGGUGUAACAUAAUAUUCUCCUUUCCAUUAAGGUUUAUCAUACGUCAUCUCCGCACUCACACGCCUCUGUCACAGAAUCAUUUCUGAGUGCGCCCCUUCUAUUCAUUCCAUAUAGUCACUGACCGUUAUUACAACUGAUACAGUUUCACUACCCAGGACAACAGAGGUCAGUGUAGUUAGUCGAUCAGUUCUUGUGUUCCUGCGAGUCACAACUUUAAACUAAAGGCUUUAAGGUUUUAAUUGCGUGAAAAGUUAAAUCCAUACGUACACCUUGUCACUAUUAUUUAUGUAAAUUCAUAAAUAUUUUGAUUUUUAUUCGUUCAUGGUGGAAGUCGUUCGUGAACAUAAUAUACGAAAUAAGUAUUUUCUUAGAAAAAUUGAUACUGACACGCCUGCGAGAUUUGACUCUGGCAAUUUUUCCUCGCAUCGCCACGACAGUUUCCAAUACGAGAUUAAACCAUCUACAAAUGUAUUUAUUGAAUUUUAAUCAUUCAACAAAUAGUUAUAGUUAAAUAAUUAGCACACGUAAGAGAGAUCACGAUUAUGAAAGUGGGUGGUUUAUGAUUUUUUUAAUUAUAUGAGUGAACGAACCCAACUCCUAUUAGGUGGUUGCCAGAGUCAUUAACCACCUAUCACUAACAUUGACACGCACAUAAUAAUUAAAAUUAAAUUAUGGAAUAUGAGGGAGCUUGGAAGUACAUUACGUCACUAGUUUCAUAAUGUGUUAAUUUAAACAUAUAAUUACUUUUAUUAGCUGAUUCACUAUGGAGAAAUGAAUUCUAUAAUCAUCGAUCUAUAAUCUUAAAUUGAUGGAAGUUGACAAACAGGAUUAGGAGUUAUGGGUAUAAUUAAUUGUAUUUUAAGUACUUUUUUUUUAAAUCUAGAAGUCCUUAGUUAAAAUGGUCGCGUAAGGUGAUCGUUCCGUGAACUAAACACCGGUGGUCUCCCUCCUGUACACAACCGAGUUCUCAAGUAUAUUUUUUAAUUAACUAAGCACGCUGCACAUUUUAAAAGUAAUAUUGUUAAAGACUACAAUAUUAUUCUUUAAACUGUCCUAUCGAACACGCCUUACGGGUACAUAUGUACUAUAACUAGCGACCCGCCCUCGCUUCGCUUCGGAAACUGUCAUUUAUUAUUGAUUUCUCCACUAUUUAAUGGAUGUUAUUAUACAUAUGAA